GUUGAUGAUUUAUUAGCUGACUAGCAGCCCAUGUGUCUAGGGGGUGUUGAUUACAUCAGCAGAUUAGAUGGCAUAGUUGAGACCCUGUGCCCAACGUCUUCGUCGUUCUCUCCGAUCUCUUGCAUUUCGUGCACUGUCGUCGGCGCUGUUUUCUUCUCAUCUACUCACGUCAUUAUCUGUUGAUAGUGCCGUACUAUUGCAGCUAUGGAGGGCCUACUUGACUUCUCCAGGGAAUUCGAUGUCUCCCUGUUAGACAAGGUUGCUCUUGCAUUUUACACAGGAGGUGGCCAGGAGCAACAAAUGGCACAGCAAGUGCUCACGCAAUUCGAGGAGCAUCCAGACGCCUGGACGAGAGUUCCAGAUAUUAUGGAGAGAUCAACUUUCCCCCAAUCGAAGUACAUCGGCCUCCAGAUCCUAGAGAGGCUCAUUACGACGCGGUGGAAGACGCUCCCCGAUGGUCAGCGUCAAGGCAUCCGAAACUUUGUUGUUGGUGUAACAGUGAAAGUGGCAUCAGAUGAAGCAACUAUGCGGAAGGAGAAGACUUAUCUCAACAAGCUCAAUCUAGCCCUCGUUCAGAUCCUCAAGCAGGAAUGGCCCCACAACUGGCCAACAUUCAUCACGGAACUCGUCGAGUCCUCUAAAACUAACCUUUCUCUCUGCGAGAACAACAUGGUCAUCUUGCGGCUCCUUUCUGAGGAAGUGUUCGACUAUUCGGCCGAGCAGCUGACACAAACGAAAAUUAAGAACCUCAAAAAUCAGAUGUGUGGCGAGUUUAGCGAGAUCUUCAAGUUGUGUUCCGAGGUCCUAGAAGAAGCACAGAAGACCAGCUUGAUAAGGGCCACUCUGGAAACCCUUCUGAGGUUCUUGAACUGGAUACCAUUGGGUUACAUCUUCGAAACCACCAUAAUUGAUCUGCUGCUUAACCGUUUCCUCGAAGCCCCUGAUUUCCGCAACGUGACUUUGAAAUGCUUGGCCGAGAUAGCAGGUCUGAAUGUUGGUCCAGAGUAUGACCCCAAGUUCGUAAUCUUGUUCGCCAUGGUCAUGACGUCCGUGAACCGCAUGAUCCCACCGUCGACAAACAUCGCCGCUGCAUACGCAACAACGUCAGAUGCUGGUCAAGAACUCGUCCUCAACCUUGCGCUGUUCCUCUGUAACUUCCUCUCGAACCAUUUGCGCGCCGUCGAAACAGAAGCGAACCGUGAUGUCCUUCUCAACGCCCAUUUGUAUAUGGUCAAAAUAUCCCAAGUCGAGGAACGAGAGAUUUUCAAGAUUACACUCGAAUAUUGGUCGAAGCUUGUCGCGGAGUUGUACGAUGAGAUGCAAUCACUUCCUAUUGGUGACAGCGGUCUUCUUAUGGGCUUGACCCUCGGGAACGGUAGUGGAAACAUGCUCAACGGCAUGAAUCUGCGGAAAAAUAUCUACAGUGACGUCUUGAGCAACUUGCGUCUCGUCGUCAUCGAAAGGAUGGUCAAGCCAGAGGAGGUACUCAUUGUUGAGAAUGACGAAGGGGAGAUCGUGCGAGAGUUCAUGAAAGAGUCGGACACGAUCGUCUUGUAUAAACAAAUGCGAGAGCUCCUCGUCUAUCUCACUCACCUGGACGUCGUCGACACGGAGAAUAUCCUGACCGAAAAGCUCGCCAAACAAGUCGAUGGCUCAGAAUGGAGCUGGCAAAACUUGAACACCCUUUGUUGGGCCAUUGGUAGUAUCUCUGGAGCGAUGAACGAAGAGACAGAGAAACGCUUCCUUGUGACCGUCAUCAAAGACUUGCUUGGCCUUUGCGAGAUCAAGCGAGGGAAAGACAACAAAGCAGUAGUUGCCUCGGACAUCAUGUACAUCGUCGGACAAUAUCCACGGUUCCUCAAGGCCCAUUGGAAAUUCCUAAAGACUGUCGUCAAUAAGCUCUUCGAAUUCAUGCACGAAACCCACGAAGGAGUGCAAGACAUGGCAUGUGAUACGUUCAUCAAGAUCGCACAAAAGUGCCGUAGACACUUCGUGAUGCAGCAAUCCGGGGAACAAGAGCCGUUUAUCGACGAAAUAUUGCGGCUAUUGCACAGAAUCACUGUCGACCUUUCACCACAACAAGUGCACACGUUUUAUGAAGCUGUCGGACACAUGAUUUCUGCUCAGCCUAACAAGCCGCAGCAGGAAAAGUUGAUCACGAAGUUGAUGGAACUUCCAAACAGUGCUUGGGAUUCUCUCAUGGCUCAAGCUGCGCAGAACAUAGAUGUAUUGAGCAACUUGGACAACAUGAAAAUUUUGUCAAACGUCCUCAAGACCAAUGUUUCGGCAUGCACAUCUAUUGGCAGUUUCUACCUACCUCAAAUUGGCCGCAUAUUCCUUGACAUGCUGGGCUUGUAUAAAGCUGUGAGCGGCAUCAUCAGUGAAACGGUUGCGCGAGAAGGAACAAUUGCGACGAAGACGCCAAAAAUUCGGCAGCUGCGCACAGUCAAGAAGGAAAUCCUGAAGUUGAUGGAGACCUACAUUAAGAAGGCAGAAGAUUUGGAGGCCGUCAAUACGAACUUCAUGCCACCACUACUGGACGCUAUCCUUGGUGACUACAACCGCAAUGUACCUACCGCCCGUGAUGCAGAAGUCCUCAAUGUGAUGGCAACCAUUACUGCUCGUCUCGGUCCUCUGCUUACCCCCCAAGUACCUGCCAUUCUCGACGCCGUCUUUGAACCUACCCUCAAUAUGAUCAACCAAGAUUUUGCUGAAUUCCCGGAACAUCGUGUUGGCUUCUUCAAGUUGCUGAGGGCUAUCAACCUCAACUGCUUCCCAGCGCUUCUCACAAUACCACCCACGCAGUUUAAACUAUUCAUGGACAGCAUUAUCUGGGCUAUCAAGCAUACCAUGCGGGAUAUUUCGGAUACUGGGUUGAAUUUGUGUUUGGAGGUCGUCAAUAAUUUUGCCGGUGCGGAACCGGCUGUGAGCAGCGCCUUCUUCCAGCAAUACUUCCUCAGCAUCCUACAAGACAUAUUCUUCGUUUUGACUGAUGCAGACCACAAGAGCGGCUUCAAACUCCAAAGCUUAGUGCUUGCACGACUAUUCCAACUCGUAGAGACGAAUCAAAUCUUGUCACCGUUGUUUGACCCCGCGCAAAUCUCUGAGCCUGGCGUCACAAAUUCCAUCUUCCUCAAACAGUAUUGCGCCAACCUACUGAAGACCGCUUUCCCUCAUAUGCACAACACCCAAAUACAAAUCUUCGUCACGGGGCUUGGGGAGUUCCACAGUGACAUCAACAGGUUCAAGCUUGCACUGCGUGACUUCCUUAUCCAACUCAAAGAAUUUUCAUCGGGCGAUAAUGCAGAACUCUACCUCGAGGAACGGGAGGACGAGGCCCAAAGGAAAGCCGAGGCAGAAAGGGAGUUCGCGAUGCGCAUUCCCGGUAUGCUGAAGCCGUCGCAGUUGGAGGACAAGGACGAGGACAUCUCAUAGGGAGUUAUCGCAGCAACUAUAUUUUUCUCUUUGUUUAUCGAGUCCUAUGCCGGGCUUGCAUUCCACAUAUCUCUUUUUUUUUCCGAGUGUGAACCGAUCAUCAUGCUACAGUCACUUUUUUUCAGCAACUCACUCUGCUAUCGACCUUGUCUUUGCCCAUAGCCUGACAUAUAAUGUAUUAGUAUAGGUUGAGAAGCACAUAUACAGUAAUACAGAUCGAUGGUGGG